AUGGUGGAUCAAUACAGAAUAGGUCGAGCAUUUCACACAAAAAUCCAUCAAAUUAACGACUAUUUAUUUAUUGGGAGUAGAAGUGCAUUAGACGACGCUCAACUUUUACAAUCUUUAAACAUAAAAAAAGUUUUGCAAUUAUUAGAUUUUGAGAUUCCUGCGGAUGAUCCCUCAAUCGAAAUCCACUACAUCCAUCUUGAAGACAACCCAGAUUCAAGCAUAAUUGAAAUUUUGCCUGAUUGCAUUAAGUAUAUUCACGAUGCUGUUAUGAGCCAAACCCAAAUUUUGGUCCACUGCAAUGCUGGAGUUUCUAGAAGUGGAGCUAUUGUAACUGCAUGCAUCGUAGCACAGAUAAAAUGCCAUUCGGUUAGAGAAAUUGGCUAUCUCCCUUGGAGUUUGGUUUUUCCUAGAGAAGUUCUGCACAGCAAUAGUGGCUUAACUUUGGCCGUGAAGGGCUAGAGGAACUGCUCCUAGGGAAGAAAGAAUUAAGGUUUCUCCACUCAGCACACCAAGGAAGGAACCUUAGGUGGAGUACCAUAGGAGCUUAGUCAGGUAAGGGCAAGACAAGGCAGUCAGUCUUGAGCAGUUGGCUCGGCUGGUGAUAUUUAUUUAGGUAUGAACCCUUUGGCUCAUAGGCAAUUUUGGUCUUGCUGUCAGGUGACAUCACUAAUUGGGCCCAAAAGGUCGUUUUAGCCCAUAGACGUUCGGAAAACUUUCAAUAUUAAGCUAUUCAUAAUCUCAUACAUCAUGGCAUCUCAACUGUUAAGUUUUGAUAAAGCCUUAGAGUAUGUCCAAGAAAAGCGAGCCUGUGUAGACCCAAAUGAAGGUUUUACAGCUCAGCUGAGAAAUUGUGACCCAAGAGAUUUAGCUUUGAUUUUACUAUAG